GUGUAGUACAAUCAAACCAACUAAUAAUUCUUGUCUCGUUCCUCUGUUUUCACUCAAAUUUCACAUGUCUCGUUCCCUUUUCUUCAUCUCUCUCUUCCUUUUGCUUGUUAUCUCCGCCGCUGCUCAUGGCGGCGGCGAAGACGAUGAGGACGAUGACGCCCAAAAACCCAACCUCCGAUCCAAAUCCUUGAUUCUGGUCAAGAUAUGGUGUUUAAUAAUAGUCUUCUUUGGGACUUUCAUCGGAGGAGUCUCUCCCUACUUCUUCAAAUGGAAUGAAGGAUUCUUGGUACUAGGCACCCAGUUCGCCGGCGGCGUAUUUCUUGGAACAGCCUUGAUGCAUUUCCUGAGUGAUGCCAAUGAAACGUUUGAAGAUUUAACAACAGUCGAAUACCCUUUUGCCUUUAUGUUGGCUUGUGCUGGCUAUUUGCUUACUAUGCUUGGUGAUUGCAUCAUUUCCUAUGUGUAUGGAAAAGAGAGAACUCCUGAUGUUGAAGGUCAAGGGGACAAUAGGAAUGGAAAAGACGAAGUGAAGAUUGGAAUAUCAUCGGCUUCUUCACUAGGAGACAGCAUCUUGUUGAUAAUCGCAUUGUGUUUCCAUUCAGUGUUUGAAGGCAUAGCAAUAGGGAUCGCAGAUACCAAAGCCGAUGCUUGGAAAGCUCUGUGGACGAUAUCUCUUCACAAGAUCUUUGCAGCCAUUGCAAUGGGAAUUGCUCUUCUAAGGAUGAUACCAGAUCGCCCAUUCUUAUCAUGCGCAUCUUACGCCUUCGCCUUUGGAAUUUCAAGUCCAAUUGGGGUUGCAAUUGGAAUUGUAAUAGAUGCCACCACACAGGGUCGGGUCGCAGAUUGGAUAUUUGCAGUAUCCAUGGGAAUAGCUUGUGGGGUGUUUGUAUAUGUAUCCAUUAACCAUCUGCUAAAGGGUUACAAGGCACAGAAGGUCGUGUCCGUUGACACUCCCCAUCAUAAGUUGUUGGCUGUGACGUUGGGUAUUGGGGUGAUUGCGGUUGUCAUGAUCUGGGAUACCUAAUCGAUCCAUUUCGAUUUUACUAUGUUUUUUUGGGUUCUUUGUGUUUUAAGUUAGCAGCAUAUACGUAUACAUGGGUUUUCUGUUUUACCACUUGUUUUGGACAUCAAGAGUCUAGUAUAUAUAUACGAUAGGAUAAAAUUAAAAUGCACAUGUAUUAUGUAUUGUAAUUUGUAAACAUAGAAAGAAGCAUACUUAUCAUCAGAAGAUGAAUAAGAGAUUAAUUCGUGUUUGGGGG